CCCCGUCAGAGAUCAUUAAGGGAUAAUCCCAUCGGAAAAGGUCUGGAGGCGCUCUGCGCUUCAUUCAUUUCGAUCUGCGCAGACAAGCAGGUUCUGCGCGCCACGUACGCACUGGAUGAAGUUGGCCAAGACGGAAUCUUGCGCUUCUCCUUCUUUCCUCUCUACAAAUCCUUCCGGCUACAGUCUGGCUCCAUUCUAAGGCAGGACGUCGAACCUUCCGAAGCGAUCUCCUCAAAGCUCAAUUCCACCGUCGACGGCUACGAUGACUUCCAUUUCGACCGAAUCAAGCAUCUUCUGAAUGCAGCCCUCGCCGGUCAUCCAGACGAUACCCUGAUCUGGGAUCAAAUCUACCACGCUGUUAUGCAAUCCGCAAUGGCAGAGCGAUCCCGGAUCAUCAGCGAUAAUCCCAUCGGCAACGGUCUUGCUGAUUUCCACGCAGAAUUCAACUCGAUCUGCGACGAGAAGAACGUGCCCCGCACUCCGGACGCGCUGGGCCAACUUGACCAAGAGAAUCUCCGAAAUCUUGUCCUUACCCUUCUUUCGGCGCUACAGUUCUUUCCCGCCUCCCGUCUGCUUCACUCCGGCGGUAUAGGCAAAAAUCUCCGCGGUGACAUUAUAAGACUCCAAUCCGCGGUCGUUUCUGACGACUUCCGCUUCGACUUCGACCGCUUCAACCGUCUGCUGAAUGCAGCCCUCGCCGAUGAUCUAGACGAUGCCCUUGUCUGGGAUCAGGUCAACCGCGCCGUCACCGAGCCCACCCCGCCGCCCCGGCCAAUGCCAUCUUCCCUCCAGCAAACCCCAUGGCUACACAACACGGGCAGUUUUGCCAACUCCUCGGAAUGCCGCCAAGAUGUGGACAGGGUCCUUAGGUCGGAGCUUGGUCCUCUCUACGUCGGGCUUCCUCGCUUCCGCGAAGCCUUUUUUGGACGCGUGGCGGGCCUACAUGCAGCAUCCGAGGCUGUCUUGAAGAAGUGCACGCAAGGCAGUAAUCCACUCUUGAGCAGCGAAGGGUGGCGCGGAUGGCCGGCAGGGGCAAAAGAGGGCGACGUGCUGGCCUGGUUUGACGACAUUCUCGCGAAGCUGGAUGCAUUUGCAGAAGACCACAGACCGACCCCAACGCGCCGACGAAGACCACUCGCACAGCCUAAUAAGCCGAUCCAGGGUUCAACCGGAGAGCGGAAGCUAGACGUCGGCUUGGUGGACGACCCCGACGCCGGAAAAGAUUCUCGAUGCCGCUGGUCGCAGAUUCUGGUGCCUGGAGAGCUGAAGAGGAACCCGUCUGCCGACAGAGCCUCAAAGGCGUGGCUUGAUCUGGGGAGGUACGCAAGAGAAGUGCUCGCAGCCCAAGACACCCGCCGCUUUGUCUUGGGCUUCACUCUCUGCGGGCCUCUGAUGAGAUUGUGGGAGUUUGACCGGCUGGGUGGGAUCGCAUCCGAGAAGUUCGACAUCAACGAGGAUGGGCUGCAGUUUGUAUCCACGAUUCUCGGGUUUCUGUGGAUGAGCGAAGAGGAGCUUGGCUUCGAUCCUACAGUCGUCACGGUAGAGGGCCAGCGGUUCGUUAUAAUCGAACGAGACGACCGGACAGAGCGUCUCGUCAUCGACAAGCUAAUGGCCCGUGCACCUUGCAUCGCCGGCCGCGCGACCACUUGCUGGAGAGCGCAUCGCGAAGAAGACCCACAAGUACGACUCGUUAUCAAGGAUUCGUGGCAGUACACGGAGCGCGAGGAAGAAGGGGAGCUGCUUCAAGAGGCAACUGAAAAGGGCGUGGUUAACGUGGCCCGCUACUACCACCACGAAACUGUUCAGGUGCACGGCACAGAUGAUGAUACUCGGACCAACGUUCGCGGAGGGCUAGACAUCACAACAGCUACAAACUACCGGCCGGAACGCUCGAUGCCGCCGCCAAGUACAAUCGCGUCUGGGGCUUCACGGAGAACUCGCAGCAGCAGCACUGCUGGCAGGAAACGAUCAUCCAGCCAAAUUAGCGCCGCACUGCCCCCCAGCAAGCGAUCCUGUUCCACAUCUUCAACAAAGGCUGGCAAUGACGCACUAUUGAAUCGGGUGCAUCGGCGUGUCGUUCUCCGUGACUAUGGAGAGCCCAUCUACAAAGCAAGCUCUCGGUCGGCUCUCCUUGCGGCGCUGGAGGGUUGCAUUAAGGGACACGAGUCCUUGCUCGAGGCUGGCUUCCUUCAUCGGGACAUCUCGGUCAAUAAUCUGAUGAUCAACGAGGAUGACAACAACCACUCCUUAUUUUCUUUCUUGAUCGAUCUCGACCUCGCCGUAAGACAGCCACGAGAGGGCGCGUCCGGAGUAAAGGGCAAGACCGGUACGCGAGCAUUCAUGGCAAUCGGGGCGCUUCUCGGCGAGCAGCAUUCUUUCAUGCACGACCUCGAGUCGUUUUUCUGGGUCCUGUUCUGGAUAUGCAUCCAUUACAAAGGGCCAGGUGAGGAUACAGUCGUUCCGCGGUUUGAGAAGUGGAACUACGUUGAUACAAAGGAGCUAGCAGAGCUGAAGAAAGGGCAAGUAUCCCAUGAAGGCGACUUUAUUAGAACCGCUGAAGAGAACUUCACGCCAUACUACCAGCCAUUGAUACCUUGGGUUAACAGACUGCGGAAAGCGGUAUUUCCGAAUGGUGGGAGAUGGGAAGGAAAGGAGAUAGGAUUGUAUGCUCGGAUGAGGGAAAUCAUUAGAGAAGCCCGCAAGGAUCAGAAGGUAUCGGCGGAGACAUAGCCUUGCGUGUAAUCGGAAUAAAUGCAGCCGACUUUCACCCUGCGGCAUCAACGGAGGUAUUCGGGGACUGAAACUUCCCCAGUCUAUCUUUGUCUAUAGUCUCUUGCUCAGCGCCGUAAAAGCCUCCGCCGCACACAACUAAAAGCCCUAACGAUUGCUGCUGCCCCAGCCCAC